UUGAAUAAUGGUUGAAUAACCAAAAGGCCCUUCAGAUGAUCUCCUGUCACUCCUGCGUACUGAAGGGAGAAGGUGGCGAAGUGAGAAGCUGUUUAAAACUUGAAGAAUAUUAUUAAAAAUGGCCGGAAGGUUAGUAAUCAACUCUUUUCUUGCCCAUGAUAGCUAAUGAAAGUAAAACAGCUUUGAAGAGACUCUAUUUACAUCGGAAGGUGAGAAAUAAUUGUUGAUGUACUAUUUAAUUGAUCUUCGUUAGCCUGUGUAGCAGGCGUGGGAUAGAAGGAUGUUUAAAAUGUGUUCAGAUGUUUAACAUAUUCAUUUCGCUAAUUUUGUGGUAGGAAAAACAUAUUUUGAUUUAUUUUUUCAUAUCGCUUGAAAGAAGCAUUGCAAUCAGUCACAAAGGGAUCUUUGAAAGAAAACUUAUUACAAAGGUAAAACAAAUCAAACAGCCCUAUAACAACACCUCUAGAACAAGGAGAAGGGAAAGACUGGGAAUAGCACGGAAAUUUCACCCACAUCCAGGUUAGUUUUAACCUUGAUUUUGCUUGCAUAGAGGUCGUGUCAGAUAGAACCACGCACCAGCAAAAGGUUCUUCAGAUAGUUGAAAUUAGGCAACUGGCCACUUGACAUUUUCUCGGUGAUAAAUUAUAAAUGGCCUGAUCUAGUCGGAAAAGUGAAGAACAAGACAGGAAAAAUAAGACUUUACCUAAAAAGUUUCUACCAAAUUCUGAUGUGAUUAACUCGCUUUACAGAACAACUCGUUGCAAGGGUUCCUUGAAAGUGAUAACGACUUGAACUGCAGAGUGUCCUCCUUUAUCUUGUGAUGAAUGCAAGUACCUUCAUUGUCGCUCUGGCGAUAAUACUCUCCUUGUCUCAAACAGCAGAAACUGCUCGUCAUACCCAAAGAAAGAGAAUCAACCCGAAGUCACAUGGAAAAGUUGUGUCCAGAGGCAAACACAGAAUCUUCGGAAUAAAGCAGGAACCUCUCGACGAGAAAACUCCAUCUCGUAAGCAAUUGGCAUACAACGAGGCGAGCAGUUCUCUGAUAAAGAAUAAGCUAGACGAUAGUCUAGGAAGAAUUCCCUGGAGUAACAAUCAGCAAGACGUAGCUUCUUAUGUUGACGGAGCAGGAGGCUUAUCACAACAGAAGCUGAUGUCCAUCAUGAAUCAGUUAACCAAUGACAUCAGAGUGAACGGUCGGAGGAUUACUCCACUCCAAACGCAAAUAGUACAGCAAUCAUCAAAUGGCAUAAUCAACCCGACAUCACCCAUGAGCGACAUGCAGGAUGAGAUGCAACCUGAUAUGCAAAACAACGUGCAAGAUGAUUUGGAGAGCAAUAAGCCAAAUGACAUGCAGAAUGACAUGGCUGGGAAUGAAAUUAAACCUAUAGUAAUACCAAUGAACCAGAAUUCGAAGGGAAGUAAUGGUGAACAAGCGACGAGACCUGGAAUGUUUGAGCGAUUAAUGUUUGGUGGACUCUCCCAGAUUAUGGGAGGAGGAGGAGGAGGAGGAGGAGGAGGAGGAGGAGAAGGAGCAGGAGGAACGGAGAAUAAGGGCUACUCUGAUUUUGGUGGUGGAAUGACUAACGUACCUGGAUUAUCAUUCGGAGGACCUAACAACAAUGGAGUCAUCAACCUUAUGGAAAGCGAAAAUGGACUUAAGCCAAUGAGUGGAAUGAGAGGUAUGAAUGGAAUGGGAGGUAUGAAUGGAAUGCAUGGUAUGACGAAUGGCAUGGGUAUGAUUAUGAAUGGAAUGGGUCGAAUGAGGGGACGAACGUGGGGAGGAGGCUCAUUUUUCUCCAGGAGAGGAGAAACCAUUUCCCACAAGCAGAAAGCGCGAACAAAACACAAGUCAUUUGACCAGAAGGCCAAGACGACAUUCUCCACAUCAAACAAACAGGCAAAUAAAACCCAUCAAGCUAUUCCUGACGUAAGAAUACACAUUGACCCAAGUCAGGGAAUUAAGCAAGACAUUAUACCAUCAAUUCCUAAUGAUUCAGUAUCUGGAAAAAGAUCUCAUUCAACUUCAAAAUUAGAAGUAGAAGAUUAAAAGAAGACCGUACGUUUGUAACUGAACAUUCAGUAAGGUGGACCAAACCAGGGACUUGCUGGUGAAUAGUAGUUGAUAUGUCAAUUUUGCAAUGUUUCCUGUUUUAAUUUCAUGAAUUAAAACAAGACUUGAUUCAGGUCUCUAACAGAUACUUAAAAAGCCAAAAAGGCAGAUCUGGAACUUUAUUUAAUAUUUUUAAUAUAAAAUACAGGAGUAAAGAUGAAUUAUAAACACCUUGAAAAUGUUUGCUUCUUUCAGUUUAAGUGUCAAGUCUGUGAACUAGCUAGGUGUAGCUAAGCGCACUGAUCACUACAAACAAACAUUUUUUAAACAAAUUUACUCGUAAACAAUAUAUAUGGACUCUUCGAAACUGUUCGAAUGCUACACUGUAGAAGCGUGUUAGUUUCCUUACGAUUUGUGUAAGAGGUCAGAAAAAUGUGCAAAGGGAGACAUCGAUCGUAUGAAGACCAAAUUCCCCAAAUCGUCUCCAUUACCUUAUAUUUAACUUUUUUAUGUUUAUUGAGUAAUCCAUAAUAAAC